AUGGUCAACAAGCUUCUUGUCGCUUCUCUCCUGGUCGGGGCUUCUCUGGCUUCCCCUUAUCCCCCGUCCGUUCUUGACGGCCCUACCGCCCCGGUCCCCGACACUGUGGACUUUUCAAUUCCCAAGAAGGGCAACUUUACGCCUUCAAAGUCUAGCAGCUCUCACGUUUCCAGGACUGCUGAUGCACCUGUUGUCGCCAAUGUCAAGCUUGAGGCGCGAGUGACUGGCGAAAAGGUCACCAAUGCCGUCGCCCGCUUCGACAACUCCAACAUCCAGGAUGGAGUCGGUGCCGGCAGCGACACCUACACCAUGUACUGGGGAGACGGAAGCACUGGUGCUGGCUGGCCCGCUCAGAGCCGCUGGGUGUCUUUCCAGACCAUGUUUGACAACUACAAGAACCAGAUGUUCGCUGCGUGCCAAAACCUGCCCACCCCCCAAGCCAACGACAGCGGCCCAGAAGUUGGAGCUAUUUGGGAUGGAAUUCAGCAAGCCGCCGCUGCUACCGGUGUAGAUCAUCGUUUUAUCCUUGCUAUCAUUAUGCAGGAGUCUCACGGUUGCGUUCGUGUUCACACUACCAAUGGCGGUGUGAGGAAUCCGGGUCUUAUGCAAGAUCAUAACGGUUCUGCAACUUGUAACGAGAACGGCGUGAAGAAUCCGUGCCCUUCGGCCACGAUCUACCAGAUGAUCCUCGAGGGUACCGCCGGUACCACCAGCGGCGAUGGCCUCGCCAACUGCAUUAACCAGUCUGGACGCAGUGAUGUUUCAGCCUUCUAUCGCGCUGCUCGUAUUUAUAACUCUGGAUCUAUUUCCAAGACCGGCCAGCUUCAGAACGGCAUUGCUACCCACUGCUAUGCCAGCGACAUCGCCAACCGUUUGACCGGCUGGGUCAACGCCCGCAACGGAUGCAACUGCGACGGCAACCCCGGCAGCUGCGGAAUUACCACCAACUAA